ACGAUCACUAUAAAUAGCUACAUAUAUUAUACUCAUAUUUCUAAUAAUUAAACUACUUUUUAAGCAAGGAUGAAAAUUAAAUUAUUCCUUUUGUGUGCAAUAAUUCUUAUCUCUAUUAAUGCAGAAAUUGAGCCAACUAAAAAUGAAAAACAAUCUGGUGCUACAAAAGAAGUAGAUAUAGGCUUGAGAUAUGGUGACGAGCUUAUUGGUGGUUUGAAUUUGGUUGAAUACAGAGGAGCUAGUGCUACAAAAGAAUUCAAAGUAAUUGAUGUAGGCAUGAACUUGAUUGGAAGUGUAGGCAAAAAUAAUGAUACAAAAAAUGAAGAUAAUACCGCUGAUCAACCAAAGGAAAAAGAAAGGACUGGUAAAAUAAGACGUAGACCACCUAAAAGAUGGUGGGAACGUAAAAAGAUGGUGCCAAUCUAGAAGAUGGUGCCAAUUUUAGCGUAAACCUACUAAUACAAACAAACCUAUGUCACUUUAUGCUUACUUAAUAAAUAAAAGGAUCAACAUCUUUCCCUUAAUAUUUACCAUGUCUUUCACUUGUGUCCACUGCUUAUAUGUAUUCUCAUAUUUAAUGAAAUAAAAUAACAAGUACCACAGUUGUAUGUCA